GACUGUAGUAUAUGAAAUUUAUGGCGCAGGCUCAGUGAUUGUCAAAAUGCGGCAUUUUCAAAGUGGUAGCCACUUUCUUCCUACGAACGAUGAAGAGAAAAUUAAAGUGACGCCAGUCGCCGCCGAAGAGGUCAUCGACAAUGCGACAGUGGCCGAAAGUAGCAUGAGUGCUAAUGUCCUCGACACCACGGAAGACACCAACAAUCGUAAUGAAGAAUAGCUACGCGAAUGAAACUGAUGUCGCAUUUAGUGAGGUGGGUGUAGUUUCGCAAAUGCAACCCUCUUUACCAACAUCGCUAUCGACGACGAAGCAAUCUGAUGCGCCUGUGGGUUCAUUGUUUAUGCAACAGGACAUGCCCGGCAUGCCUCAAUCAUCGUUGGUUAAUAACCGUAUGACUAGUUUCCCUGCCGCUGAAAUACGGACAUUAGAAUCCCACCAAGCUUUACCGUCGUUUAAUUUCGGGUCGCAAGUUCCUGUCAGCAUUCAGUCGCAAACGUUACCGCCCACGUCCGCGAUUUCAUCCCCUUUCGGUGAAACAGCCUUACCGGCAGUUAUGGCGGGCACGAACAAUAGAAUAGUUUUCGGUGCAUCCACCAAGACCAUUGAAACACCUGGUUUCUCCUCCGACGAGAUUAAACCAGUCCUUCCUUCUAACAAUGGUGGGUCAUUCGUAUUUUCUGCUACCAACGUUGGCAAUAAAAGACCUUCGGACAAUACGUUGAGCGGCAACAUGGUUGAUAGGAGUUCCCAUCGAGUUACACCGGUUCCAUAUGAAAUGCCAUUGUCAUCCCAUACAACUGCAUCAAAUAGUUUCGCAUCCGGGAAGGGCGCUUCAAAUACACCGGUUUUUCAAUUCGGUGAUCCCUCGUUCCAGAACCCUUUCGUUCCUCCCGCCAUAGGACGUGGCCAACAGCAACAACAACAAAUUGUGCAAAGGCGACUGAAACUUCGCGCAACCCGAAGGCUGCAUCAACGGUAAUACAAUUGGCAGAAAAGGCGCGACAACCAAGAGGAAGCGCAGAACGAUCACGGGCUGGAAAUUUAGUAUGGAUUAGGAAAAAUGCUAAACCGUUUAUGGCGCUUAAUAACCGACAAUGACCAUUACAACCAUAAUAAAGUGAAGAGAUAGGAAAGCCCCCCGCUGAUAGAGCAGUCGGUAACGCUCUUCGCUGUCAGCGCAGCUGGCCGUGGUUCGAAUCCCGGGAUCGGUUGUAACUCAACCGGCCAUGGUUUCGAUUCCCGAUACCGGCGUGACAGAGGGGUUGGCGCGGGGCUAACAAUCCCGUCCGUAAAAAUUAAAUGUUACAGAAGAGCAUCAGAGAGAUUAACAUUAGUCUCUGGUGCAGGCCAAGACUGGUCAGCGGUUGUAGCGCCAAAAAGAAGAUAGGAAAGUAUAUAAUAAUAUUUAGUCUAUAUUAUAUGUAAUAUAGUAACCGUUGAUAUAUAUGCAUAACGUUUAACUAAACAAGAAAAGAAGCAAACGGCAGGGCAAUGUGUUCACUGCAGCCAACCACACAUAUAACCGCCAACACAUAUAGAUUCGAAUGUGGAGUACUAUUGAGUUUACGUAGCAAACACGUCGUGCCGCAGGUCAAAAAGUCUUUGGCAAAAGUUCUUUUUCGUGCAUGUAGUAAAUAAUUUAACUUAGAUUUGGUUUGCUAUUUAAGUUUUCCAGACUUGAAAGAAUUGAAAUAUUUUCAAAACGAUUCAAAACAUGAAGAAUGCGAUCUAUGUUUAAAAUGAAGCACAACAUUUUUUCUAGUUUCAAAAAAGAACUUUAAAAAAAGACAUGAAAAAUAAAAUUGUUAAUGAUUUUCCCCCCGGUUCCCAACGGUGUCAAACCGCAUGAUCUUGGUGGCCAUUCGACAUCACCAAAACCCUAAAUUAUAUGCCCAUCAAACUUCUCGCACAAUAAAUCGAACACCGCUCGUAUUGUGUGGGUCGUUACCCCGUCACCCGUUACUCGGUCUUGCUGACACCACAGCAUCUGGUUAAUAUCAUAAUGCGUACCACACAGUCACCUUUUCUGGAUAUAACGGCCUCUCUUCAAUCGGUUGAGAGUUUUUAGUGCCCCAGAUGCGGCAAUUUUGCUUGUUUACGUAGGCGCUGAGUGAAAAUGUGACUCGGCGCUGAAGAAAAUUUUUGCUGAAAAAUUAGCGUUUUCGGCUUCUUGCUCACCAAAGUAGUACCAAGUUUUAAUAAUUUUGUUGUUCUGUUGUUAAGCGAUAGAUUUUUUUUAAAUGGCAGAUAUUUAAAUAAAAGUUUGACACUUAGGUUGACAGAUGUAUUCGAAAACUGUAAAGUGCCAGCCCUGUGAUUUCGAAACUACGAAAUGGAUAACCCUGUAUCAUCCAAGCAGGAUAAUACUAAAUCCCCUACAAGCAAGACAAAUGGGCAAAUGGAGAAGGGAAAUAGCCAUCACGUCAUGUGGAGACGAAACCACAGCUCAUACGAUUUUUUUUCUUAUUUCAAAGUUCCCAACUCAAGUUUCCUCAAUAAUCGCUAUAUAUAGCCCGCUCCAAUACUUUAAGAAAUAAAUUGACUUUUUUUAGAAGAAAAGUGAUAUUCUUGGAGCUCUGAAAUGUUAUCGGCACAUGCGAAAAAAUAAAAAAGAAGAGCCAAUUUUGGCCAA